AAAAGGGAAAUUUGUGUAGCUCCAUCAAUUUUAUGUCUGGCCUUAACCCCCUCCCUUGUUGACUAGGUCCCUAUUUCUACAUUUCCACUUUUUAUCAAUUAUAUGCAUCAGAACAUGUUCUCUAUUUCAGUUGCCAGUGCUUUCUUCUUCACUGAGAUCAAAACUGGAGCCCUUAAGAAAUUGCUCUCUGGAUUUGUCGAAGAACUGUGGGUCAAAUGGGAGCUCCAAGGAAUGGUAACACUCAGCCUGCUUCUCCAGUUUGCACUUGUUUGGCUUGGCCAUCAUCGCAGACACCAAGGCAAAUAUUCUCAUUACGUUGCCAUCCUUGUUUGGUCGGCAUACUUAGCAGCAGAUUGGGUAGCCACUGUUGCCUUAAGCGCCCUCCUCAAGGCCAAAGUAGGGGAGCUACACAGCGAACUGGUUGUGUUUUGGACGCCAUUCCUGCUCUUGCACCUCGGCGGCCCACACACCAUCAGUGCCUACUCCUUAACAGACAACGAGCUUUGGCCGCGGUACCUUCUCGGCUUCUUUAUCCAGGUUGGGGUGGCUAUUUAUGCCUAUGUGAAAUUUAGGAGCGACAACAGCGUUCUCACAUACAUGGCCAUCCCAAUAUUCGUUGCCGGGAUCAUUAGGUAUGGAGAAAGGAUUUGCAUUCUUAGGGCUGCAAGCCGCAAGCAAUUUAGCAAUUCUGUUUUCUCAUCCACCAGUCGCGACGCAGAAAAACGUCUUGAUAAUAUUUUAACAAAUAGUUCAACGAGCAGUCAUGUUCCUCAAACGUUGGACGAGUAUUUAAGGGAAAAAAAUGUUAUUGAAGAAGGCAAAUCUUUCCAUAAAGCUUUUUAUCUGUACAAGAUGUACGUUCCUCUCUUUUCAGAGCUCAGGCUUAGGAUUUACAGAAAUUUAAGGGAACACUUCAUGCUCUCCCACUCUAUACCUGCUGAAGAUGCCUUCAAAAUUGUACAGAUUGAGCUAGGGUUCUUGUAUGAUAUGCGCUACACCAAGAGCACUGUACUGCAAUCUAAAAAAGGCAAAAUCCUCCAGGGUAUCUACUUAUUGUCCACUUUUUCAGUACUGAUUGCCUACUCUAUCACGGUUGGUAAUUUUAGUUAUCCGGCAGUGGACAUUUACAUAACUUGCUUCUUGUUGGGUGGAGCAAUCUUGGUGGACAUUUUUUCUGUUAUUUUGCACUUUUUGUCUGAUUGGACAAUGUUCUAUUUAUCCAUUCCGAGCAACGAAGGGCAUAAAUUUUUGGGUGGCACAAUUGCUACUAGGCUGGUUCAUUUUGAGGCCAAGAAGAAGGGAAUAGUAUCUAUGGCACAGCAUAGCCUGAUAGAUUAUUGCUUCAAGGUCAAUACAUCCUGCUGGACUUCAAUUUUGAGAGUGCUUGACACCGAAGACCUCUUCGGGAAGUUUUGGUACACUUCUUGGGAAAAGGUGAAUCCGAACUUGAAGAACUUCAUCCACUUGCAUCUUCAAGAGAAGUUCAUUCGAUAUCAAAACAUUAAAGACGAGGUGUCGAGAGAGAGAAUUGAUAAAAAUUUUGAGGAAUUUGACCAUCAGUUGCUCUCAAGCAUAUUGAAGGAGAGGGGUGAUCAUGUGCUUCAAGGAAAAGGAGUUGUUUUUAUGGAUGAGUUCAAAUGGAGCAUUAAUGAUGUAGAAUUCAGCCACAGCAUCCUUCUGUGGCAUAUUGCAACGUUUGUUCUCUUCUACGACGAUAAAAGAAGAUAUUCUAGCAGUGCGCUAGGUUCAUACUGCCAAAUUAGCAAGCUGUUGUCAAAUUAUAUGAUGUAUCUCCUCCUGGUGCGGCCGCUCAUGCUUCCUAAAGGGAUUGGUCAAGUGAGGAUAAGAGAUACUGAAGAGGAGGUGAUGAGAUUCUUUGGCCAUGUGAAGUCACUAAAUAAUAAUGAUGCUGCCAGUGCUUUGCUUCACAUGGAAAACGAAUUUCCAUUGUCAUCAAUUCAUGGAAAGUCAGUUUUGAGGGAUGGUUGUAAGCUGGCGUCUAUGUUGAAGGCAUUGGGGGAGGAAUUGCAAUGGGAUCUUGAAGACAAAUGGGAAAUGAUUGCAAAUGUGUGGAUGGAAAUGCUGGCAUUUGCUGCAAGCAAAUGCAGAUGGAAACAACAUGCAACGCAGCUUAGGCAUGGUGGGGAGUUGCUUACCCACGUAGCGCUUCUUAUGGCACAUCUUGGCCUGACCGAACACAUCCGAAUUGUGCCACAACAAAGUGCUGAGGAGCAAUCUUUGAAGUGGGACUGGGAACAACUUUCUCAUAUGUCUUAUUAUCUGGCAUAAGAUCAUCUUUUCAAAGACACAAUACCUUACUAAGAGCCCGUUUUAGUUUCUUCAUGUUGUUCAUUAUUAAAGGGUAAAAAACAAGUUGAGUUGUUAUAGAAUUGUGGUUUGAUCAUAUUAUAUAAAUAGAUAUAAACUAUUUUC